AUGUCCUCACCGCAAACCCCGCGAGGCUCGCGACACUCAUCUACUGUCGACGCAUAUAAUGACUCACCCCAAGAGAGGCGACCGUACAACGACGCCAGCAUGGGCCACCGCAGCAGCAGCUUCAACCAGCAAGGCACUCUCGAUAUGAAUGAGCUCGGGAGCGGUGGUGCAGAGGGAGGAAAUGGCAUGGGUAACCUGGCCGACGAGCUUGCUGAUGCCUUUUCAGACUCUGGGGACGACGGUGCUGAGGACGAUGAGGACAAUGGGAACGUUUCUGAAGGAUCCGAUGGCCAGAACUCGGGACAAGAUGGCGUCCCGUCACCUAACAAGAUAUCGAGAGACCGCGAGGACAGCUUGUCGGUCCCACCGACCCGGCGGAAAGGCCAUCAGUAUAAGAAGAGUGCAUACGAUGGCAGUGACUAUGGCUCAGAGUCCGAUCUGGACUCUUCCGGCAUGGCACCCAGCUUUGUGGCCAAGGUGGAUGCCAUCGAGUCUCUAGCAAGGCGGGGCACAGAGAACUACGGCGGGGAGACAGAUGAUGUCGUCAAACGCGUUACGGAGGCACUCAGACACCUCGGGUCUCAGUCUACUGUCGAGGGCAGCGCCUCAAGAUUGAUCACGGCGCACUCUGCCCUCACGACGCACCUCACUCACCAGACCAGGCAAAUGCACGGUCUCACUUUCCCCAUAUUGUCGCAUAUGACGGCGGCGCCGGACCCAAAGGCUAUUGAAGAGCUGGUUCCCCUGUUGGUCUCUUUGUCCGACGAAAUGGCACGUCCAUCAACAGCAGCGUUGGACUCACUGUCGGGCCUGCACGCAAUUACCGCAGACCUGGUACAGACUCUGAAUUACCUGUCCGACACGCUGCACAUGUCUCGCCAGACUACCGCUACGGCGACGCGGCGUCUGAAGAGCGCUAAGGAACUGGUGGCAGAGGUGAGGAGAGAUGACGAGCUGCGUGAAGAAGGUGAGCUGUGGCUCACCCGGGGCAACUGGGGAGAGCGUCUGCAGAAGAGGGAAUGCGCUGGUGUUUGCGGAGAGGUGAUCGGAGGCUUCGAGGAGGUCUGCAACAGUUGGCGGGAGCGCCUUCUUGCCCAAGCCGAGUCUCAGGCAUAA